UGGUGAUGGCGGAAGAUGGGAACGAGGAGAUCAUGUUCAUCUGGUGUGAAGACUGCAGCCAGUACCACGACUCUGAAUGUCCCGAGCUGGGCCCAGUGGUCAUGGUCAAAGACUCCUUUGUGUUAAGCAGGGCAAGGUCAUCCCUUCCAUCCAACCUGGAGAUCAGACGCCUGGAAGAUGGAGCUGAGGGGGUGUUUGCUGUGACCCAACUCGUCAAGCGCACACAGUUUGGCCCAUUUGAGUCGAGGAGAGUCGCCAAAUGGGAGAAGGAGUCUGCGUUUCCAUUGAAGGUGUUCCAGAAGGACGGGCACCCCGUGUGCUUCGACACCUCCAAUGAGGAUGACUGCAACUGGAUGAUGCUGGUGCGGCCGGCAGCGGAGCCCGGGCACCAGAACCUGACGGCCUUCCAGCACGGCAGCGACGUGUACUUCACCACCUCGCGUGACAUCCCCCCGGGCACCGAGCUGCGCGUGUGGUACGCGGCCUUCUACGCCAAGAGGAUGGACAAGCCCAUGCUGAGGCAGGCCUGCCCUGGGCUCCAUGCUGCAGGCACCCCAGAGAGCAGCACGCCAGUGGAGGCGGAACCCAGCCGGUGGGUGUGCAAGGUGUGUUCGGCCGCCUUCCUUGAGCUGCAGCUGCUGAAUGAGCACCUGUUGGGCCAUUUGGAACAAUCCAGGAGCGUCCCCCCAGCCGGCCAGCAGGAUUUGGCGGCGGAGAAGGAAGCAGACGUGCCCCGGGGGGAGCCUCCCGCAGUUCCCAAGAGUGUCAGUGCCGCCAAAGAGCAGAAGAAAAAGCCUCGAAGGGGGAGAAAACCCAAAGCAUCCAAGCCAGAGCAGCCUCUAGUUAUCGUGGAAGGCGAGGAGCCCGCAGAACAAGUGGCAGAGAUCAUGAGCGAGGUCGAGCCUGUGGCUGCGUCGCCGGACGAACGGAUCAUGGAGCUGGUUCUGGGGAAGCUGGCCGCCACCCCCAGCGACGCGAGCUCAGUGCCAAACAGGUUCCCGCACCAUCAGAGCGGCAGCAUCACCCUCAAGAGGAGCCUGAUUCUCUCGAGCCGCCACGGCAUCCGGCGGAAGCUGGUGCGGCAGCUGGGGGAGCACCGGCGGGUCUACCAGUGCAGCAUCUGCAGCAAGGUCUUCCAGAACAGCAGCAACCUCAGCAGGCACGUGCGCUCCCACGGCGACAAGCUGUUUAAAUGCGAGGAGUGCACCAAGCUGUUCAGCCGCAAGGAGAGCCUGAAGCAGCACGUCUCUUACAAGCACAGCAGGAACGAGGUCGACAGCGAGUACAGGUACCGGUGCGGCACCUGCGAGAAGACCUUCCGCAUCCAGAGCGCGCUGGAGUUUCACAACUGCCGGACAGAUGAUAAGACGUUCCAAUGUGAGAUGUGUUUCAGAUUCUUCUCCACCAACAGCAACCUUUCCAAGCACAAGAAGAAGCACGGGGACAAGAAGUUUGCCUGUGAAGUCUGCAACAAAAUGUUCUACCGCAAGGACGUCAUGCUGGACCACCAGAGGAGGCACCUGGAAGGAGUGCGGCGGGUGAAGAGGGAAGACGCGGAGGCCGGCGGUGCCGAGAACCUGGUGCGCUACAGGAAGGAGCCUUCGGGGUGCCCGGUGUGCGGCAAGGUGUUCUCCUGCAGGAGCAACAUGAACAAACACCUGCUGACGCACGGCGACAAGAAGUACACCUGUGAGAUCUGCGGGCGCAGGUUCUUCCGCGUGGACGUGCUCCGGGAUCACAUCCACGUCCACUUCAAGCUCCAGCCCUGGCGUUCACAGUCGCCUGGACGUGAGCAAAGCCUGAUGGCCCCACCGUCAGGGGGUGGGGUGUCCCAGGUGACCCGAGGGCACGGUUUCUGCAUCCGGCCUACAAAUCCCCGGUUAAAGCUCGCACCAAGCGUGUCAGAAAUUGGACGCGGUGACUGUUUGCCAGGACAUCGCGCUGAUGGACGACCAGCAGAGGGAGGAGUUCAUCGGCAAGAUCGGGAUCUCCUCGGAAGAAAACGACGGUACUUCCGACGAGAGCGCAGACUCGGAGCCUCACAAGUACAGCUGCAAGAGGUGUCAGGACGCCUGGGUGGCGGCAGCGCAGCGUUGGCCGCGGGGAUCCGGGCUGCGUGCGCACGAGAGCAGUGUGCGUGUCCACAGCUCACCUUCGGCCGCGGGAAGGAGUACCUGAAGCACAUCAUGGAGGUGCACAAGGAGAAGGGUUACGGCUGCAGCACCUGCCAUCGGCGCUUCGCCCUGAAGGCCACCUACCACGCCCACAUGGUCAUCCACCGCGAGAACCUGCCUGACCCCAACGUGCAGAAGUACAUCCACCCAUGUGAGAUCUGCGGGCGUAUCUUCAACAGCAUCGGAAACUUGGAGCGGCACAAACUUAUCCACACAGGUGUGAAAAGCCACGCCUGCGAGCAGUGUGGGAAGUCCUUUGCCAGGAAGGACAUGCUGAAGGAGCACAUGCGCGUGCAUGACAACAUCCGAGAGUACCUGUGCGCAGAGUGUGGGAAAGGCAUGAAGACCAAGCACGCGCUGCGCCACCACAUGAAACUGCACAAGGGCAUCAAGGAGUACGAGUGCAGGGAGUGCCACCGCAAGUUCGCGCAGAAGGUCAACAUGCUCAAGCACUACAAGCGGCACACGGGGAUUAAAGAUUUCAUGUGUGAACUGUGCGGAAAAACUUUCAGUGAGAGAAACACGAUGGAGACGCACAAGCUCAUCCACACGGUGGGCAAGCAGUGGACGUGCUCCGUGUGCGACAAGAAGUACGUCACCGAGUACAUGCUGCAGAAGCACGUGCAGCUCACCCACGACAAGGUAGAGGCCCAGAGCUGCCAGCUGUGCGGGACCAAGGUGUCCACCAGGGCUUCCAUGAGCAGACACAUGCGGCGCAAGCACCCCGAGGUCCUGGCCGUGAGGAUCGACGACCUGGACCACCUCCCCGAGACCACCACCAUCGACGCCUCCUCCAUCGGUAUCGUCCAGCCUGAGCUGAGCCUGGGGCAGGAGGAUCUGGCGGAAGGGAAGCACGUGAAAGCCGCCAGGAGGACUCACAAGAGGAAGCAGAAGCCAGAGGACGAGGCCGGGGCCACGGGGCCCGAGGAGGCCACCUUCAGCGAGUUCUCGGAGAAGGAGGCCACGUUCUCAGGCGGCGUCGGGGACGAGACCAGCUCCGCCGUGCAGAGCAUCCAGCAGGUGGUGGUGACGCUGGGCGACCCCAAUGUGACCACCCCGUCGAGCUCCGUCGGCCUGACCAACAUCACCGUGACCCCCAUCACCACCGCGGCCGGGACUCAGUUUACCAACCUCCAGCCGGUGGCCGUCGGGCACCUGACCACCCCGGAGCGCCAGCUGCAGCUGGACAACUCCAUCCUGACCGUGACCUUUGACACUGUCAGCGGCUCUGCCAUGCUGCACAACCGCCAGAACGACCUCCAGAUCCACCCCCAGCCGGAAGCCUCGAAUCCGCAGUCGGUGGCCCACUUCAUCAACCUGACCACCCUGGUUAACUCCAUCACGCCCCUGGGGAGCCAGCUCGGCGAGCAGCCUCCGCUCACCUGGCGGGCGGUGCCCCAGACAGACGUGCUGCCGGCCCCGGCCCCCGCCCCGCAGGCCGCCCAGCCCCCGGCGCCGGCCGAGCAGCAGCCGCAGAUGUACAGCUACUGAGUCACCCUGCGGGGACCUGGCGGAGAGAACCACGGGCAGGCGGUCUGCUUCUGUUUUUAUUUGAGAUUUGUUUGCCGGAUACCAAACGAAAAACGGAAACACCGCACGUUGCAGCAUCAGGACGGUUGACGUAGCUUUUGCAGCGUCAUCUCCAAAUUCACCAACAGCCAUCCCAGUCUGUCAGCUGAGCUCACAAGUGACCCCGAGCAGGUCCCCCUGAGGCCCCAUGUGCUCUGCGCAGCAAGGCCAGGCCCCCAGGCUUCCCCCCCGGAACGCGGAUGGGCGCAGGGUUUGGGAAAAGGAAACCCAGGGAGGAGCAGCGUGGUAAGACCCGUAUGUCACCAGGGAUGUAAGUGGCGUGUUUCAUGUUUCCCUUUCGGGCUCCGCUACUGUGUGGAAACGCAGCCGCUUUUCUCCUGUAGCUCCUGCACGUUUUUGCUAACGAGCAGAUAGGAGUUCAAGUCACGGCGACUCUCUUUGAAAUCUGAGUUGAGUCGAAUUCGUUCUGCACCUGUGGGCUGAAACCAUGUGGGAGGAUGCCCUGUGAGAGCGGACGCCCCUCCUCUGGCCUUCACGAGUUGCUCUCGGGCAAGGGGUCGCGUGAGGCUGCCGACCAAGGCGCCUUAGUGGUAGAAUUCGUGAAUCGAUUCUCAGUAUGCCUCUUUCCUUUUUUUUUUUUUAAACUUUACCUCGAGCACGCCUUGUGUGAUCGAGACUGCGGAGGCCACGUCGUUCUCUAUUUUCCUCUAACACACAGAAGUCGUUUGCACUGUGGGACUGCGGGUCCACGUCCAGCUCUACGCGGCUGCCCCGAUGCAGGGGCCGUGAGCCUCAUGCCGGCCCCUCUGGGGGUACCUCGGGGUUGUGUCUCAGGAUUCCCUGCCACCAAAUGUAUUUAUGAGGGCUGAGGCGUAGCCAGAAUCCCCCGCACUAGAGAACAGGGGAGAAAUUCAUGUCUUUUUUCUGUUUAAACUUUAAGUCCAAAGGUUGGUGUGUUUCAAGACCAGUUUUCUAUAAAAAUGUUGAAUGAACUUGGCUCUUUCCCCAAGAAAGGUAUAGGUUUUUUUGAAAUGUGAAGACAGUGCUAUUUCCUGCCAAGUAGUAUGAAAGCAGAAAGGCUAUUAGCUGAGCAGUAGAAGCGUCAGUGCCCCUAAUGAAUGAGUGAAUAAAUGUGCUGAGCGACGGGAGCUCUGCCCCUCCGGGGGACGCGCUUUCACACGUGUGCGCCCGUUUCAGAAGUGGCAGGUGAGGCUCUGGACCACCAAGGUGGCAGCCAGCAGCCAGCCCUCCCACGGCGCAGCCAGGGAAACAAAGAGGCGGGCAAAGAGGCUUGAUUUCUACCCUCCUGAUGCUUUAACGCUGUCCAGAAUGAAAUGAUACGUUUGUUUGCCUUACUUUGUCCUGAUCAGUAUUUGUCCCCGAUCCUGCAUUGUUUGGGAGACCAUCAGUAGCGGAUAAAUGAGGCAGAAUAACCUUACGCUGCUAGUGAGGCUACAGACGACCUGUUAUGCAAAAUGCAACGUUCUCAGCACUUCGCUUCAUUCCAAAUCGCACGAUUUUGAGGAGGGGGCUAGGCUUUGAUUUGUGCAAUACAUGCUUUCGUGAACUAAGUUCAUCACCCACGCGGCAUGUGAAAGGGGCUUCAGGAUUCGCCCUCCACACCCAGCUCACCGGUAACUCCCGACGACUCGCACCUCUGAAUUGGUAGUGGGGGAUUGUUUGACUUUUAAUUUAUGAUAAUUAUUUUUUAUGUUAUUUAUGUAUAUAAUUAACUGCUUUAUACCUAAUAGUUUCAUCAAAUGAACUUGGGCUGGGGGUGAUAUACUUUCUAAGUAUCGUCUCUGUUCUCCAAAUGUAAGUGGUCCAGGUAUCCGUGGCAUCAUCAAAAGCGCCGAGGUUCCUAAGGUAUUUUCUUAAAAAUCGCCGACCGUCCUUUUGCAUUUGCAGAAUGUAAGGGAUGAAAUGACCAAGUAAAAAAUCCAAACAUGAUUGAACACCCACUAGCAUUUAUCUUUUAUUCCUCUCCCCUAUGAAACAAAGGCCUUUUAAAUCACAAUUUUAUUUUUUUAAGAGAAGUUGUUUUUAUGCUUAGAGUAAGAACGCAUCAGAUGUCUUUAAAGAACCCGAUUUAGGUUGUGUGGCCCCUGUGUACCUCCCGCCGUUUAUUUAACUACACAGAUGCUUAAUCAUACUUCCUGUUAUAAUAAGAACUCUAAAUAAAAAGCAAAUUGACUCCUGAGUUUUCUGUAGAAAUAUUUGGUCUAAUAGGGUCACUGUCUGAGGCAAAAUAGGUUCAUGUUGUCUUAAAACGGUUGCUAUGAAUUUGCAUAUAAGACACUGGGAAGCAAAAAAUAAAAAAAUAAAAAGUACGACUCAGCCCAAAGAGUUACCAGCUGUAGACUGUUCCGCACCUCUGUCGCUGUUUGCUGAUGGAAAAGAUAUACUUUUUUUUAACUGAUCCCAGUGCACAGCUGUAUCCAUAGGAGGAAAUUGGAUGGAGCCGUUGUGACCACUGAGCUCUGUGAAUCCCUCGGGGUUAUUCUAAAUUAAUAAACAGAAGAUGCUUGGUUUUGGCCGGUG